UAUACUUAUAAUUUUAUCCAAAAUUAUGUGAGUUCGUAUUUUGUUUCCUUCUUUUACUACUUUACGUUUACUCAGAAACGACAUAUGACACCAGAGUGGUGUCCAGUUGAAGUAUAAAAUAAAUUUAUUUUUCGCUGUGUAAAGGCAGAUCAGCGAUGGCGUAAUCCACGGCCAGUGUGAUAACAGCGCAGACAUUGCAAAAGAGGCAAUCUCGGGCAGAGACUCGCCAGACCGGUGUGCCCCGCAAAGGGGGCGUGGCCAGCAGCGCAGAGUACCACCCCGACUUUUCCGGGCCCCUCUGGAGCUUUCCACAAUAUCCCGCCGGCGGCUGAAUAUGCAGUGGGCGGCACGUAGCACGAGCGGCAAAUGCAACGGCAGCAAAGUGGUGGGGUCUUAUCUUAUCAGAGCGCAAGCCAAACAUAUAGUCCAUAUGCUUCAGCGGCAAGAAUCAAAUCGAAUCGAAGCGACUGGGAACUGGGAACCGGGAUCGAAUCGGAUCGCAUGAGAGCGACGGAGCAAAGACCCAAGUGGAACCGAAAAAGCAAAAUGCUCGGCUGUAUGCGGACACAUGUUACUUGAGCGCAGCGAGUGCCGCAUAAAGUCAGUUUGGCUCGUUGUGCCAGAGCAGCAACAAGUGCCCCGCUAUAUUUGAAUCCGAAUCCGAAUCCGAAUCUGAAACAUAAGCUGUGGCUGUAGCUGUAGCUGAAACUGAAAUUGAAACUGAAGCGCAACAAGUGCUUAAAGAGAUAUUCAGAGAAGAGUGCUUGGGAGGCUGUGAAAUAAAUUCAAAUUAGUCGGCAAUUUCAUCAAAUUAACAGAGGGCCCAACGAAACCGAGCGCAAUAAAUUAAUUAAGACGGAGAUAAAAUUGCAACUGCAUUGGCUGCCAAGAGUAUUUGUGGGCAAAAGUGAAAGCGACCAGGUGACAGAAUGCUGCUCAAAGGCGCGCAACUGCUGCGAUGCGGUUUGGUCUCUCCAGCCCGGAGUUACAAUUUCCGGCUGACCUGUCGCUUCCUGUCCGUCCAGUAUGGAGAUGCCAAGGUGCUCACUCCCGCCGUGAAACAGUAUGUGGAGAAGUGCGUGGAUCUCUGCCAGCCGGAGAGGGUACACAUCUGCGAUGGGACCGAAAGUGAGAGCAAAUUGCUCCAGGGUCUAAUGCUGAAACAGGGAACCAUAAUUCCACUGCCCAAAUACGAGAACUGCUGGCUGGCACGAACUAAUCCGACGGAUGUGGCCCGAGUGGAGGGCAAGACGUUCAUCUCCACGGAUUGCAAGGAGCAGACUGUUCCGGUGACGGAGAAGGCCACACCGGGAAUGCUGGGCAAUUGGAUGGCGGAGGAGGACCUGCAGGCGGCGAUCAAAGAGAGAUUUCCCGGCUGCAUGAAGGGACGCACCAUGUACGUCAUUCCAUUCAGCAUGGGUCCAGUGGGAUCACCCCUCUCCAAAAUUGGCAUCGAAAUCACAGACUCUCCUUACGUCGUGGAGUCCAUGAAGAUCAUGACACGGGCAGGCAAUCCGGUGCUGGAAUAUCUGCAAUGUGGAGAUGGCCAGUUUGUCAAGUGUCUGCAUUCGGUGGGAACUCCUAAGAGUGGCACCCAGGUGAUGCCAUCCUGGCCCUGCGAUCCCGAGCGCACCAUUGUCCUGCACAAACCAGCGGAGAAUGAGAUUGUGUCUUAUGGUUCCGGCUAUGGUGGCAACUCGCUGCUGGGCAAGAAGUGCUUUGCCCUGAGGAUUGGCAGCACCAUUGCGAAGAGGGAGGGUUGGCUGGCCGAGCACAUGUUGAUCCUGGGAAUCACGAAUCCGCAGGGCAAGAAGAUUUACAUAGCUGCCGCUUUUCCAUCCGCUUGUGGCAAGACCAACCUGGCCAUGAUGACACCAACGCUACCUGGUUACAAGGUGGAGUGCGUGGGUGACGACAUCGCCUGGAUGAAGUUUGAUAAGAAGGGAGUGCUGCGAGCGAUUAACCCAGAGAAUGGAUUCUUUGGCGUGGCACCUGGCACCUCGAGGGCCACCAAUCCCAUAGCCAUGGACACGAUAUUCCGGAACACGGUCUUCACGAAUGUGGCCUCCACAUCCGAUGGAGGUGUUUACUGGGAGGGAAUGGAGAAAGAUCAGCUGAAGGGGGUGACAGUAACAGAUUGGCUGGGCAAACUCUGGUCUCAGGAGUCGGGAAAGCCGGCUGCGCAUCCCAACUCCCGCUUCUGCACACCCGCCUCCCAGUGUCCCAUCAUUGAUCCCGCCUGGGAGGACAGCGAAGGAGUGCCCAUCUCGGCCAUCCUCUUCGGAGGACGUCGUCCCACUGGAGUGCCCCUGGUGUACGAGGCGCGGGACUGGAAGCACGGAGUCUUUAUUGGCGCCGCCAUGAGGAGUGAGGCCACCGCAGCUGCUGAGUUCAAGGGCAAGGUGAUCAUGCACGAUCCCUUCGCCAUGAGACCCUUCUUCGGCUACAACUUCGGUGACUAUCUGGGUCACUGGCUGAGCAUGGAGAAGCGGGGACAGGUGCCCAAGAUCUUCCAUGUCAACUGGUUCCGCAAGAGCGAUGAGGGCAAGUUCCUGUGGCCCGGAUUUGGGGAAAACUCUCGCGUUCUGGACUGGAUCUUCAGGCGGGUGGAGGGGGAGAAGUGCUUCGAGGACUCACCCAUUGGCCGCUUGCCCAGCAAGGAUUCACUGAAUCUGGAGUGUCUGAAGGAGAAGAUUGAUCUCGGGCAGCUGUUCGAUCUGCCCAAGGACUUCUGGGAGCAGGAGGUGUGCGCCAUCGAGAAGUACUUCGAGGAGCAGGUGGGCCACCACCUGCCGGAACCCGUGGCCGAGCAGCUCAGGGAGCUGAAGGCGCGUGUGGCCGACAUGUGAUGUGUGUGUUCCAUAGGUUACCCCCUAAUCUAAGACCCAAUUGCCUAAAAUAAAACGAAACGAACGAGAUUUUUAUAGCGAAA